ACUGUAAUUAUAGUUAAGUAAAAUGGCUAAAUCUAAGAACCACACCGCCCACAACCAAACCAAGAAGGCUCACAAGAACGGUAUCAAGAAGCCUAAGACUUACAAGUACCCAUCUUUAAAGGGUGUUGAUGCUAAGUUCAAGAGAAACCACAGAUACGCUUUACACGGUACUGCUAAGGCUUUAGCUGCUGCCAAGGCUCAAUCCGCUUAAAUAUAAAAAAAGAUAGGGGAAAGCUGAAUUGUAUGUUUCUAUAUAUAUGAUCCGGUUCUAUUUUAAUAAAUUUUAAUUGUACGUUAUAACAUCAAUUGAUGAUUUCAAAUUAUACUAUAUUUAUGUACGGGUUUGUUAGGUAAUGUUAAGGCAGAUUAUGGCUUUUUCAGAAUAUAACA